AUGUCGACUUCUGGCGAGCGCCGUGAGAUUGUGAUCAUUGGUGGUGGUAUCAUUGGAUGCUGCUCUGCCUAUUAUCUGACGCGGCACCCUUCCUUCGAUCCCUCACGGCAUUCGGUGACUUUGAUAGAGGCAUCCGAGAUCGCAGGAGGAGCAUCGGGCAAAGCUGGAGGACUUUUGGCAUUGUGGGCUUACCCAAGCAACAUUGUACCACUGAGCUACCAGCUGCACGCGGGCUUGGCUAAAGAGCACAAUGGCAAGGAAAGAUGGGGCUAUCGAGAAGUCGGUUGCGGGCAACUCAUGGUGAGAGGUCGUCCACUCAGUGACAAGAAAGAGACAAGCGGAGGAGCAAGUGGGAGCUCGGUAUCGCUACAAAAGCGAAGUGCAGACGCUAUGGGGAAACUGAAAGCCGCCAAGUUCCCUCAGGACCUAGACUGGAUUGAGCCUGAGCUUGUGAGAAGCUACAGGAGCAUGAGUGAUCCCGGGGAGACUGCUCAGGUCCAUCCUUAUCUCUUCACGACGUCUAUCGCUAAGCUUGCUGAAGAGAAAGGCGCAAAAAUUACCUUGGGUUCCGUUACCGACAUUGGUUACGCUGGAGAUGCUGUCGAAUCAGUGACGUAUACGGAUAAGAAGACGGGUGAAUCACACAGCAUUUCCGCAACAGACGUGAUUGUUGCUGCGGGCCCCUGGACGAGAUCGGUCCUGCCCCAAGCCCCUAUCACGGCGACUCGCGCACACAGUGUUGUUAUCCGGCCCGUCAAGCCGGUCAGCGCAUACACCCUUUUCACUAAUAUCGAUAUCCCGGCCAACUUCGAUCCGGCAAAGCCUUCUCGACCUGAUGUGGUAUCGCCAGAGAUCUACGCCCGUCCGGACGACACGGUCUAUGCCUGUGGUGAAGGCGAUCACGUCGUUCCGCUCCCGAAGACCACUGCGGAUGUCGAGGUGGAUCCAGUGCGAUGCCAGGACAUCAUUAACCACGUCGGUAGCAUCUCCGAUCAACUUCGCGACGGUGAAGUCUGCGCACAGCAAGCUUGCUACUUGCCUAAUGUGUCUGUCGGGCGCGGAGGUCCAUUGGUUGGCCAUGCUGGAGCCAAGGGGUUAUACCUUGCUGCUGGCCACACCUGUUGGGGGAUCCAGAAUGCGCCGGGUACAGGCAAGCUCAUCAGCGAAUUCGUCUUUGAUGGCGAGGCGAAAAGCGCGAAGAUCAGCUCGCUCGAUCCGAGGAGCUAUAUUUAG